UGUGUUGCUACACAAACAAAUAUAUUUAGGAAGAGCUAACGUUGGAGGACAGAGAGAGCGAUGUUCAUAGACGGUGGUUGUGAGCUAAGUUACUUUUUUACUGCGAAAUUCACCAGAAGUCCGUUCAAGUAUUACACAUAUCUUAUGUGCUGCUUCUUUUACCGGCAAAAAGCAGACGUGUUCUGGAGGGCCAGCCACUUAAAACGUGUCUUUCCUCUCAACACAACAUUCUGAAACGUGUACCUCCACACUGCUCCUCGGGUCCGAGCGUGAGCCGCGAUGAGGCGGUCCGACUGGAGGCGAGUCUCCGUUUCAUGAUAAAAAGGCUCUUGGUAGAAUGUGUGGAUGCCGAAUUAACUGACCGUCCGUAAUCAUCCGACGGGUUUAAUUGGGACUUUAUUCGUCUCGUUGUAUUAAACAAUAAGCAAUACAUCCCCACAUGUUGGGCUUAUUGAGCAGCGGUGUGGUUUUCUUCAUGAGCGUGACCUGUACACGGGACGGCCGCUUACACUUGAACGCGUCGUAGAUUGCGCUGCAUUCAAGUCAUUUUAUCUACAGGUGGUUUUCCUCCUUUUUUCCCCCACAUUGCUUUUUGCCAGCUUUGUGUUGGCAAUCUAAUGUUUGCACCAGUUGCAAAGAGGCUGUAGAUUAAUACAGUAGGAGUGCUCUUACAUGUAUGUCCUAGGUGAACGUACGACUAACUCCACUCCCAGGCAAAUCACAGUUAAAGACUGGUUUGUGCUGCCUGAUUUAUUUUUGGGGCUGUAAUUGGUAUACUUAUUGUAUUAAGAUCAAGAAUGCGGAGACUUGUUAGCGCGACAACAACUUCCCCUCACACAUUGUUCCAAUCGGUAUCAUCCUGUGACAUAUCCCCAUCGAGCUACACGUCUCAAUCUAUUGGGUGAUCCAUUCAAAACUCCCUGCACACGUGUUGUUGUUUAUUUCAAGGGGAAAUAUAGAACAUCCACAUGUUGGAUGUGGUCAACAGGGUUCUGAUCCCCCAUUUCCAGCUGUGAAGUCCAGGUCCGGCUGUGCGGGCGUCUGUCCUGCUUAAGAACCCGCCUGGUAACGUGGCCACCUGAUGCAGUCGGUACCCUCAUGCUGUUCCUCCUCCCUCUGUUUGGCAGACGUCUUCGUCCCCGUCGUGGUGCAGUGCUGGGUGUGAGAACGAAGCUGACCUGCAGGAUAACCGUCCCCAGGCCUCAGGGCCCCUGGACCAACGAGACAUGCUGGCUGCGUUGCUGCGCCAGAGUUCUGGAGGAGGAGGAUGCGGCGGCGGCGGUGACGGCGGUGGAUCCAAACUCUCUCUCGGCAUCUCCCGACUCUCCAACUCCAGCUCGGGCUCGGCAGGCUCCGUUAGCGUGGGCCCCCGGGGGCCGGGAAGGGCCUCCAAGGACGGCUCGCUGAGCUCAGACGGCCCAGACGGCCGCGCCUCGGACCCAGUCUACAUCAUGCAGCUGGUCAGCGACGUGCGCACGUUCGCCGACGUGCUUCUGCAACUCAAAGAGGUUUUCGUCUCCAAAGAGCACCAGGACUGCCUCCAUCAGGCGGCGCACGAGCGUCUCGGGGAGCUGCUGCGAGUCUUAAAGUCCAUAAUCGGCAAGCACCAGAGCCUUAACUCGGUGGACAUCCUCAGUUCAGCUGGAACCGUCAUCGCAACGGUUAAAGGGGUGAAUUUUAAGGAGGUGAACGAGGAGAACAAACCGAAGCUUUUCGGAGAGAUCUACGCUGCUAUUGACACAUUGGCGUUCACCUUUGGCAAUGUAGUGUCUGACUUCCUUAUGGGAGAUGUAGAGAAUGGAUCGGUGUUGGGGCUCCCCCUAACUAAGAGAAGCAGGUCUUUUGAGAACCUCUCUGUGGAAUCUGGAGGAUCCGGUCCAGAGAAAGAUGAUCCGCCAGCGCUGUCGCAGCCGGUUCGUGCAGAUGAGGUGGACAGGUCGCUGCAGCGGCAGGACAGCGGGGUGGAGUCGGCGCUGCUCUACGCCAAGGCCUGGUCCAAGUACACCAAAGAGCUGCUGGCGUGGGUGGAGAAGCGUCUCAGCACGGAUAUUGAGUGUGCAAAGAGUUGCGCCAAAAUGGCUGAAUCUGCCAAGACGCUUGCAAGUCAACAGGAUUUCAUGCCUUUUCGUGAGAUCUACAUGGCUGCCUUCAAAAAUGACAUUGAAUACAGCCAGCUGGUACUUCACACUGCAGCAGUACUCCAAAGCAACAAAUUCGUGCAGCCUCUCCUGGCCAGAAAGAAUGAGCUGGACAAACUACGAAAAGAGGUCAAGGAGCAGUGGCAGAGGGAGCAAAAGAAAAUGAACGAGGCAGACGGUGCUCUGAAGAAGGCGCGGCUGCUGCAGGUCCAGCGGAAGGAUGAGUAUGAGAAGGCCAAGGUGUCCACCAGUCGCCUGGAGGAGGAACUGAUAGGAGGAGGAGGAGGAGGAGCAGGAGGAGGAGCAGCGGCAGUCAAACAGCUAGAGAAGAGGCGCAGGCUGGAGGAGGAGGCCCAGCAGAAGGCUGAUGAGGCCAGGGAACACUGCACAGCAUGUCAGAUUGAUGUCGGCGACAAGAGAGUUGAUCUGGCCAAUACCAAGAGUGAGAUCGUCGCUCAGAUCCGAGAGAUGGUCUCCCAGUGUGACCUCACCCUCAAGGCCGUGACGGUCAACUGGUUCCAGCUCCAGCAGGCCCAGGUUGUGUCUCUUCCCGUCAACCACCAGAGUCUGUGUGAGAACGCCAAACUGUACGAGCCGGGCCAGCGCUACAUCGACUUUGUCCGGGCUCUACCCACCGACGGGCCUCACCUGGAGUCCCACUCGAUUGAUUCAGCCGUCACACAAAGCACAGGGAUGAUGUUCAACAAGCGCUCGCUAAGUGGCAGCCACUCGUCCCACAGUAACCUGUCACAGGCCUCGGUGACCUCUGACCUCCUCGGUGCAGAUGACAUUGAAAGUCCCAUCACUGCCCAGCAUGCCAGGAUUGCCGAAAGGCGCUGCAACAGUAGCACUGACAUUCAAGCAGCACUGCGGAUUCAGGCCUCGUUCCGUCCCUGGGCCUCGGGCAGCCAGGGUGGAGGUAUGUGCAGCGACUCAGAAAGUGCUGGAGGGAGCAGUGAGUCCCGGUCCAUGGACUCACCCACUGCAAGCCCAGGAGACUUCAAGAGGAGGUUACCCAGAACCCCCUCAACCGGCACCAUGUCGUCUGCUGAUGACCUGGAUGAGAGAGAGCCUGCUUCACCCUCUGAUAACGCAUGUUUGAGUGAGAUGGUAAUCGAAACGGCCAGCUCCCCGGGUCCCUUUAGAAACACCCAGAUGUCCAAGGCGGCUCAAACCCACAAGCUGAGGAAGCUUAGAGCGCCAUCCAAGUGUCGAGAGUGCGACAGCCUGGUGGUGUUUCAUGGAGCAGAGUGCGAGGAGUGUUCCAUAGCCUGCCAUAAGAAGUGUCUGGAAACCCUGGCCAUCCAGUGCGGCCACAAGAAGCUCCAGGGGAGGCUGCAGCUCUUCGGCAUUGACUUCACACAGGCAGCUAAGAACAGUCAUGACGGCAUCCCCUUCAUCAUCAGGAAGUGCACAUCAGAAAUCGAGAGCCGAGCUCUCAACUUAAAGGGUAUCUACCGCGUGAAUGGUGCCAAGUCACGGGUAGAGAAACUUUGCCAGGCAUUUGAGAAUGGCAAGGACCUGGUGGAGCUCUCCGAACUUUAUCCCCACGACAUCAGCAACGUACUCAAACUCUACCUGAGACAGCUUCCAGAGCCGCUCAUCCUGUUCCGAUAUUAUAACGACUUUAUCGGCCUGGCCAAGGAAAGUCAGAGUGUCAUUGUGGAGGAACUGGAAGCAUUGAGACGCAGUCCCACCCAAGUGACCCCGGCCCAGGUCAGCGUGGAUCUUAACCGGGUCCUCUUCAAGAUCAAGGACCUCCUGAGGCAGCUGCCACGAGUUCAUCACAAGAUACUGCAGUUCCUCAUCGAGCAUCUGCAUCGGGUGAUGGAACAAUCAGACGAGAAUAAGAUGACAGCCAGCAACCUGGGUAUCAUCUUUGGCCCAACGCUGAUCAAACCGAGGCAGUCGGACGCUGAGGUCUCCCUCUCCUCCCUGGUGGAUUACCCAUAUCAGGCACUCAUUGUUGAACUUCUGAUCAGACACUACCAGAUGAUCUUCGACACGCCCCUCAGUCCACUGAGUCGCACCUCGCCGCCAAAAAUUGAUGCUCAAGCUCGCCACGCCCACCACGAGAAGGAGCAGCAGCUGAGCAGGCACUCCAAGUCGCUGGGAGACAUUAAGGAGCAGAGCUCUAAGGUGUAUAAGAGGUACUCCUCCAUAAUUCCUUCAUCCCACUUAUUGUGUGAGGUCGAGGAGACCACGCCCCGCCUCAUUGGAAGCGACUUUGAACCUGUUGAUGAAGUGGAUUUUGAGGCCUUUAAUGGGGUUUUGGAAUCAGGCGUCCCUGAGUUCCCAGGGGCCAGGGUCCCGCUUCGUCACCCUCGCAGCAAACUCUCCUCCCGGCCAGUGAGCCUGCCAGCUGAACGAAUACUCAAAGUCCAAGUCGACGAGAACAACACGCGGAACGGCACCGAUCAAGAAAGGAAGGGCGGCGGUUGCGACCAAUCCGUCAACGAGGUGGACGAAACCGACACAACUAAAUUGCGAGCGGGCCCGCAUUACCGGCGUACAUUUAUUGAGACCCAGACGUUACGCAGAACAUGGGACAAACAGUACAAGCAUGAUGCGGCUUCCAGGACUGUCAGAAUUGUGGCCAGUUCUCCCACGGAGAGCACAGCAGUGGAUGCCAGCAAGUCGCCGGCUUCUGUAUCUUCAUCAUCUUUCUCCCUUGGCACUAGUAGGAGCAUUAGCUCCAUCUUCCCGAACAGACCAUACACGGUUGCAGUGCGACCUAGCAGGAAUUUAAGAAGGGAGGACAAUGUAACCAGGUACAUUCCUGUCACAACGGCUUUCAGGGCUCCCAGAACUCUACAGCCCCCCCCAGGGACCUUCUACAAGCCCCCGUCGGGGAGCAAAGUUAAAGAGAUGCAGAACUGUGCAUUAGCUAACAGUGCAGAGGAAGAGGAGGAGGAGGAAGAAGAAGAGGAGGAGGAUGAUGAGCACGAGGACGAUGAUGAUGAGGAGGAGAUGGGGAUUGAGAUAGAGGUGUCCGUAGAUGAGCCUCCUGAGGAAGACGAUGAGGCAGAGCAGGCAGCCAUGUCUCAGUCUUCCAGCUCGAGCCCUGAGGAACUGAACCCCAACCAGGCCAAACCCCUGUACCAGAGACAACGGCCCAAGCGCCUCCAAGAGGUAGAACAUCGAGAGGCUCAUUUUGUGUGAUCAUCUGAGGGUCAUCAGAGAUAUACAAAAAAAAAGUGUGCCAUAUUCUAAUAUACAAAGAGUAAGAAACAUCUGGCAGUUGACUGCAAUUUACAGAUGUGCUUUGAUGGAGGGCACCGUCUGGACAAUUAAGUGGGCCUUCGGUCCUCAACAGACAAACAAGAUGCACUUAAAAUGCUGUAUAUUCUUUAACAUGAUUCACCAAGAUUCCAUCUACCAAUCCCUUGUUCUGUAUACUCUGACAACUGGUCAGGAUAUUUAUAAUUUUAUUUUUUUAACUGUGCAAUUACAUUUUUAUUUGAACAUUUGUACCAAGUUCUUACGGGCUCACUAUGUAUGUUUAUAUACCAAAAAUAAAAUGUUUGAAUCGAUAGUGCAUGUAGCCACCACACUGAACAAAGAUGUGGUGCUCUUAUAAAUACUCUUCCACAAAACUCUUUCUACCUACUUGGAGUCUGAAUAUUUUUGGAGCUGUUACAUUUAGACUGUAAUUGCUAAUGUUGCAAAACACUUCUGUAUAAAGCAAUAUAAUGACCAUUGUUAAAUGCUGUACUGGGUAUCUGCAUUGGCAUUUGGUCAUGUUAUGAAGCACCAGUUUCAAAGGGCAUACACCCACUUGUUUUUAUACUGUUGAACUUGUAUGGUGUCAACUCACAGAUCUGAAAAGCUUUUAGAAAUGCCACUGGAUUGUAUACUGAUAUUAUCUUUCUUAUUUUGAUAACUUUUACAUUUCUUAAUAGCCAAAGCUGUUUUUCCUUUUUACAACUGAAUUAUUAGUUUUAUCAGUAACUUAAACCUUACAGGUUCUUUAUAACAGGAAGUACAUCAUUUAUUUAAAUGGUAUCUGUUUUUCAUGGUAAUGUACAACGUUGACAGAAUGUUGAAAGGUUCAGUGUAAAAAACAAAAACAGGUACAUGAAACACCCUUUUGUAACUUAUUAAAAUAUAUCUGACAAAUUU